CUCGAAUCUGCGGACAACUGCGGAUUUUCUUAGUGUGGGAUUUCGCUGCAGAUCAAUGGAUGGCAACCAGCGGCGUCCUCCGUACUUUAGGGACAUUUGCGGACUUUCGUUGAUGAACACACUCUUCCCAUUUCCUGCAGAAUUCGAGCUACGUACAUACGAGGUACUAGAUACCUGGCAACUCGCAACCAGUUAUAGUUCGCCGGCGGGGUAUCUCGCCCAGGCCAUUGAACGAGCAGGUCUGCGCAGCAAAAAGAUCCGAUCCUGCGAGGCCUCGGUUUGUUCUAGCUCGUCCUCGGCAAGCUGCGCCAGCAUCUCCUCGUCAAUACUCUGCAUCAAACUCGGUUUCCAUCACACCCUCUAGCGACCACGGACAUCGUCUAUUAUACACCAUGGCAGGCAAUUGCCGUCGGCCUACCACGCACGAGGCGAAUGCCUGGGCGGCGGCGGCGACGGCCUACCACUCGAACCACUUGCACCAAGCUGCUCCCAGGAUCUCGCGUCCUCAGAGCAAUGCUCUCCCUCCAGGUGGACAUCUACCAGGGGCUGCUGAGGUCGGCUACGAUGGCAUUGUUGACUCGACUCGGCAUCCUUCCGCUUCAUCCUUUGCACCAUCGUUUCAUGUGCCUUAUUUCGGCCGGAUGUCGCACUCACCACCGCCGUCACCGCCGCCGUCAAUGCAACUAGGGAAUGCGAUAUCCUCCAGCUCGUCUGCUAGUUUCCAGGAUUUGCAGGUUGAAAAGUUGCCUGACAAGAAGAUACCGGUCCGAAGACGGGCACCGCCGGACGCCAAAUGGGAGCAGCACAAGGAAACAAUCCACGGGCUUUAUAUCAACGAUGGUCUUACUCUGGGUAAAACUAUGGAAGUCAUGAAAGAGUAUGGGCUGUAUGCAUCGAGAACGGUGUUUGCCGAAAAGCUAUCUUCCUGGAAGUUCAGCAAGAACGUCAAGAAAAAGGAUGUCUAUGAAAUAGUGCAGAAGAUCAGCCAGAGGGAUCCGCAGAAAACUGAGGUCCUCAAAGGGGGGCGGAAGGUGAUCUUGGGUGGCAUCCAGAAGCGCUACGAGAGAUGGUACCUCUCCUUCAACGUCAACCGAUAUUGUUUCACUGAGCCCUCGGCGCCUUCAGCAAAGACGCCAGCUGUCGACAAGGGAUGGCAGGAGACCCCAAUCCUUGAACCGCUUGGGAUUGAUAGUCGAAGCCUGACAUUGGUAGAGCUAUUGUGUCGGAGGGAGGCCGCGAGGGGUCUCCUGGAGGAGGGAAGCCCGGCCGAUGCAGCCUCCUCUCUGCUCACAGUUCUCUGUGGACUGCGGUGCGAACUCGGCCCCCGGCACUGCCUUUCGUUAUCAACCUCCUACGCCGCUGCCGAUGCCUACAUCCAGUCCGGCCAGGAUGAGAAGGCGUUCCAAAUUCUUGACUGGGUGUCAAAGGGCCACAGCGAAGCUGUUGGUCUGUGGAGUUUAGACUCUCUCAGGCAUUACUUGCGAGUGGCGGAGAUGCUCCAGGGCCUUCACCAGCCUGUAAGGGCCAAGACUCUGGCUUUCAACCUAUACCACGCCAUCCGCGAUGGGUGGGAGUCAGAUUGCGGCAAGUUUAUUCCUGUUCCUCGCCUGGCAGUGCCAGAAAAGACAAGUUUGCAAUCUCAUGCUGGGACUCUGUCGCUCGAGAUCGAUAUCAUCGAUCGGGUCAUCAGUAACUCCACUCAAGACACAGCACUUGAGCAGUGGACUGCUAUCAUGCGCCUCUGGACGGUAGCGGGUGUCCCAGGUAUACUGCCAGCCGUCAAGAGACUUAUGGAGCUGGGUUCCGGAGAGUCGCCAUCGCAUCAAGAGGAGUUGCGCUUGCGUGCACGAUUGCAAAACAGCCAGGGACGAGCGGCCGCAUCCAUUCGUGGUAGCGGCAAAUGGGCCACGCUCUCUAAUGUCUCCAUGGCGCUGCCGUGGCACCUAUCCGCCGCUGUCGAGUUGGCCUCACUGCACUUUGACUGCAACAACCAUGAUCGGGGCCUGCGCGUUCUCGAGUGGACAGCUGCCCAUCUAGGACAACCCUUGGAGCCUACCAAGACCACGAUAGGCUACUCCCUCGCGACUGCCUGCUUGCUCAACGAGCGGUUCUACAUCGAGGAGGCUCUGCCAUGGCUAGAGCGGGCGCUCGCCACUUCCACGAGACCUAACGGACCAACUUCCGCUUUGUCACCCCACAUUCAAGAUGCCCUUGGGCGACAGCGUGCCCUUAUAAAACCGCAUACCCUUGGACAACAGCCUUCCGGGAAGAGCCGUGGCAUCUUUGAGUUCUGGGAUCUAUCUUGGGAGCUCUUGCGUCUUGUUGAUGCCGACCGGUUUGACCUGAAAAUCCCUACGAGCAUGUGGCGACCUCACGGCCCCUCUUCUGGGUGA